AUGGAGGGUACAACACCGACAAGAGCCCCUGAAGUUGGCGUAACCUGGCAUAGUCCUGUUGACAACAAUCCGGCAGGAUCCAUCCAGGCUGCCGACAGUCCUGCAGGUCAUCUUCCUGUUGACAACCAUCCCGUAGGACAUAUCCAUGCUGGCCUCAGUCCUGCAGAUCAUCCUCCUGCUGACAACAAUCCUGUGGGCCAUCUUCAAGCUGCCGACCGUCCUGCAGGCUACCCUUCGGCUGGCAACAGCCCUGCUGACCACCACCCUGCAGGCCAUUUUCCUGCGGACAACGCUCCGGAAGAACUUCUCCCUGAUGGCUGCUGUCGUGUGGGCCAUACACCGUCAGACGACCAUCCAGCGGCUCGUAUUCCUGCGUACACCUACCCUGCUGGGCUCCUGCGUGUAGACCACAUCCCUGCAAGUUCAAACCCCACGGACGACAGGCUUCAAAGGAUGGAUGGAGAACUGGCACUGCUACGAGAGACACUCUCCACCCAAAGUAUCCUGCUGCAACGGUUAUGCGGACGUCUAGGAGAGGAGACCGCCAGCACGAGCACGGGACCUUUGCGCAGCGCGCGCCGGGUACUAACGACGGGUGAGUGUGCACCUACUUUAUACGCAUCAACGCCUUUGGGAGACCGUGGCCGGCGCCGUUUGGCUCCGGCAAACCUAACCGGGUUACCCCCUGUCACGAAUAACGUGUCUUUAACUGAUCAGGAGUGUCACCAGGUCAUCAUGUCCUUAUCAGCCAGAAAUUCUAACGGUAUGGACAAUCUCUGUCGGAAGCCCACCUUUUCGGGAAAUCAUUACGAAAAUCCGGUAACCUUUCUAGCCAACCUGAGAGAAUAUGCGGAGUUUUACCGGGUCACUACCGCCAGCUUGGUCAUGUUGGCUAAGCACUGCUUUCUUCAGUCUGCUUCUGUUUGGGUAAAUACGUUACCUGCGGGUAUAGCCUUUGAGGCUUUUAAACGGGUAUUUUGGUCGGCUGAAAAGCAGGUUUGUGUUCGGCGACAUGUUCUGGGUAUGAGAUACCGGACCGAGGGUAAGUCCAGUAUGACAGAAUUUUUCAUGAAACAAUUCAGCAGGCUUAAAGACCUCAGUCCACAUUUGAGCGAAACCGAAGUCGUUUAUGAUAUUUUACAGCAAUUACCUCACCCAGUACAGUCGUUAUGGAUCGCGUCUGCCGACCGGAGUUUUCAGGGUACAUUAAGCUUCCUAGAACGAUAUCUGACGCUACAUCGGACUCCAUCGACGUCUAGGGGAGUUCCCCCUGCGUUCAACCCAAAAACGCCGCCUCCGAGUUCGGGAAACUUCUUCAAGGGAAAAUAA